UAUUGACAUGAUAAAAUCGGAAUGCGCAGGAUAGCAUGCGCUAAAUUUCCUAUUGUUCUUCGGCAUCUUUCGUACACAAGGUGAAAAGUAUACCGGUUAAAAAAGUGACAGUGAAAUUUAAUGAAGUGAAAGUUUAAGGAGAACUGAUUAAACUGUGUCUUUUUUGUCCGAUGUCUAGUGUUGAAAACAUUGGAAGCUCCGUCGAACCACCAGCUAAGAAACGGAAGCUAGAUUCCAACUCAGUUACUUCAGACAUGGCGAACAAUGGAGUCUCAGCAGGAUCGUCACAACCGCAAAACGAUAUUGAUGAAGGCCUUUAUUCCAGGCAACUUUAUGUUCUUGGGCAUGAUGCUAUGCGACGUAUGGCCAGCAGUGAUGUAUUGAUCUCGGGUUUGGGGGGUGUUGGAGUGGAAAUAGCCAAGAAUGUUAUUUUAGGAGGUGUUAAAUCUGUAACCCUGCAUGACGAAGCUGUUUGUUCCAUUAAAGAUUUGUCCUCUCAAUUUUACCUCACAGAAGGAGAUAUUGGACACAACAGAGCUGAGGCAUGCUUGAAACAAUUAUCAGAAUUAAAUAUGUAUGUCCCAAUCAAAACACACACUGGUCCUCUGGUUGAAGAUUUCCUGAAGAAUUUUAGUGUUGUUGUCCUUACCAAUAGUUCAUUAACUGAACAACUCAGAAUUAAUGAUAUCACUCAUGAUAACAAUAUUGCUUUGAUCAUUGCGGACACUAGAGGUCUUUUUGCCCAGAUUUUCUGUGAUUUCGGGCCCUCCUUUACUGUUCAUGAUGUCAAUGGUGAAUCACCUGUAUCUGCCAUGAUUGCAGAUAUAACCAAUGAUAAAGAGAGUGUUGUUACUUGUAUUGAUGAUACAAGACAUGGAAUGGAAGAUGGUGAUUAUAUAACCUUUUCUGAAGUACAAGGAAUGGCAGAAUUGAAUAACUGUAAGCCUAUCAAAAUAAAGGUUUUAGGACCUUACACAUUCAGCAUUGGUGAUACAAGAACAUUUUCUAAGUAUGAGAGAGGUGGUAUAGCAACACAAGUUAAAAUGCCAAAAGUCCUUCAAUUCAAACCCCUCAAAGAAGCUCUCAAACAUCCAGAAUUUUUGAUUUCUGAUUUUGCUAAGUUUGAUAAUCCUCAACAAUUACAUUUUGGUUUCAUGGCUCUCCAUAAAUUUGUGGAGAAGCAUGGCCGGACUCCUCAACCUUGGAGUCAAAAUGAUGCAGAAGAACUUGUAUCAAUAGCCAAAUCAUUAACAGUUGAUGGUGGUAAUGACACUGAAAUAAAUACAUCUCUUUUAGAGACUUUUGCCAAAGUCUCAUCUGGUGAUUUGAAUCCUAUCAAUGCUACUAUUGGUGGAAUUGUCGCUCAAGAAGUUAUGAAGGCAUGCUCUGGCAAGUUCCAUCCAAUUUAUCAAUGGUUGUACUUUGAUGCUAUAGAAUGUCUGCCAGAAGAUUGUGAUGAAAUCACGGAGGAACUUGCAGCUCCUACAAAUUCUAGAUAUGAUGGACAGAUUGCAGUUUUUGGUAAAGAUUACCAAAAAAAACUAGGUGGUCUUAAAUACUUUGUGGUGGGAGCUGGUGCAAUAGGAUGUGAACUCUUGAAAAAUUUUGCCAUGAUGGGUAUUGGUACAGAAGGUGGAAAAAUCACAGUAACUGAUAUGGACUUGAUAGAAAAAUCGAACUUGAAUCGUCAAUUCCUAUUUCGACCUCAUAAUGUUCAACAAGCAAAAUCCACUACAGCCGCUAAAGUGAUUAAGAAGAUGAACCCUCAAGUUAAUGUUAUAGCACAUGAAAAUAGAGUUGGGCCUGAAACAGAAAGCAUUUAUGAUGACGCAUUCUUUGAAAAUUUAGAUGGUAUAGCUAAUGCCUUGGAUAAUGUUGAUGCUAGAAUUUACAUGGAUAGAAGAUGUGUAUACUAUAGGAAACCACUUCUUGAAUCGGGAACCUUGGGAACAAAAGGCAAUACACAAGUUGUUGUGCCUUUUUUGACGGAAUCUUACAGUUCAUCUCAAGAUCCUCCAGAAAAAAGUAUCCCAAUUUGUACUUUGAAGAAUUUCCCAAAUGCUAUUGAACACACUUUGCAAUGGGCAAGAGAUAUGUUUGAGGGAUUAUUCAAACAGAAUGCAGAGAAUGCUUCUCAGUAUUUGACUGAUCCAGAUUUCAUUGAAAGAACCCUUAAAUUGCCAGGUGUUCAACCAAUAGAAAUCUUAGAAUCUGUAAAAGUUGCUUUAGUUGACGAGCGUCCUAAAUCGAUCAAGGAUUGUGUUUUUUGGGCUAGACAUCAUUGGCAAGAACAGUACUGUAAUCAGAUAAAGCAACUUUUAUUCAAUUUUCCUCCUGACCAACUCACCAGUACAGGACAACUGUUUUGGUCUGGACCAAAAAGAUGUCCAGAACCUUUAACUUUUGAUGUCAAAAAUCCUCUUCACCUGGACUAUAUUUGGUCUGCAGCCAACUUGAAAGCUCAAGUUUAUAAUAUUCCACAAGAAAGAGAUAGGCAAAAAAUUGCAGAGAUAGUCUCAACAAUAAGGGUUCCAGAAUUUGUUCCAAAAUCUGGAGUAAAAAUUGCAGUGACUGAUUCGCAAAUGCAAGUUUCUAAUGGAAAUGUAGACAUGGACCGUAUUACACAAUUGAAAGAAGAAUUGCCAAGUCCUGAAAAUUUGGAUAACCUUCGUCUUGAACCUCUUGAAUUCGAAAAAGACGACGACACUAAUCUUCACAUAGAUUUCAUUGUAGCAGCAUCAAACCUUCGUGCUGCUAACUACAAAAUCGCUCCGGCGGAUAGACACAAGUCGAAAUUGAUAGCAGGUAAAAUUAUUCCUGCUAUCGCUACUACCACCUCAGUUGUAGCUGGUUUGGUUUGCCUGGAACUCUACAAAUUGGCCAGAAGUAUGAAGAGUUUAACUCCUUUCAAAAAUGGUUUUGUGAAUCUUGCCUUACCUUUCAUUGGUUUCUCUGAACCAAUUGCUGCUCCAAAAAUGGAAUAUUGUGGCAAACCUUGGACUCUCUGGGAUAGAUUCGAAGUUGAUGGUGAAAUGACGCUGGGCGAAUUCGUGGAUUAUUUCAAGAGCAAGCACGGUUUAGAAGUCACCAUGCUCUCCCAAGGUGUGUGCAUGUUGUAUUCCUUUUUCAUGCCUAAAGCCAAGGCACAAGAAAGGCUAGGCAUGAGUAUGACGGAAGUUGUGAAACGUGUUUCGAAGAAGAAAAUCGAACCCCAUGUCAAAGCUUUAGUUUUUGAAUUGUGUUGUAAUGAUGAAGAUGGCAAUGAUGUGGAGGUACCUUAUGUAAAAUAUAACCUUCCUCAAAAUUAGAUUAUUUUUGAUGGACUAAUAAACUGAUAUCGGUCAUACUUUAGUCGAUGAUCUAGCCACAGGGAAGUUGAAAAUGUGAUCAGUUUAAAUUAUUUUAAAAGUUUGCAAAUGUUGGUACUUGGAAUUGAAUGUCUUUAUACCAAGAAUCCAGUGUUGUGUGUAUCACUAUACAUUUAUUUAUGAUUAUGGUAAAUAGCAUUUUGAUGCUUUUAUGCAAUAUAAUUCUUAAUACUAUUAUUGAAUGUAGAUUAUCUAAGUGAUAGGUUAUUUUCUCAACUAUUUUCUGAUGUUUGAAAUUUAAUAAAUUACCAUGAAAGAAUUUUUCAACGACA